GGAAAUGGAGAAGACCCACCUGAUGUGAAACCUACAGGAGGAAAUGGAGAAGACCCAUCUGAUUCUCUACAGGAGAAAAUGGAGAAGACCCACCUGAUUCGGUGUUCAAAGGAGGAAAUGGAGAAGACCCACCUGAUUCGGUGUCUAGCCGGAGAAGACCCACCUGAUUCGGAGGAAAUGGAGAAGACCCACCUGAUUUGGUGUCCAGCUCUAAAGACAAGGACGGAAAGCCAAAGAUAUAUACAGGAGGAAAUGGAGAAGACCCACCUGAUUCGGUGUUCAGACGGAGAAGACCCACCUGAUUCGAUGUCCAGCCCUAAAGACACGACGGAAAGCCAGAGAUACUGGGAAGCAAGAAGACAGCUUACGGAAAGCCAAAGAUACUGGGAAGCAAGAAGACAGCUACGGAAAGCCAGAGAUACUGGGAAGCAAGAAGACAGCUACUCCGGAAAGCCAGAGAUACUGGGAAGCAAGAAGACAGCUACAGGAAAGCCAAAGAUACUGGGAAGCAAGAAGACUGCUAAUGUCUGCUAUUAA